AUGGUUGUUUUCGUGGUAAGACUCAAAUUGGCAUUCCGUGGUAAGGCGAAUUUCCCGCUAAAAUCCUUUGGUCAGUCCAAGAUCAAGAAAAAUUGGGUGCAUUUCCAGUUAAUUCUGUGAAUUAGUUUCACGGUAAUGUGUUUUUAAUGAAUUUACUUAGUUUUAAUUUUUAGGCCUCGAUAAAACAAUGUUGAGACGCCAAAUUCGAGAAAGAAGAGAAUUCAUCUAUCGAAAAUCUGUUGAGCACAAGCAGCGGGCACUUCAAGAGAAACGUGAUAUUGUCAGAAACGCUGUGGACAACAACGGAUCUCUCCCAACUCACCUGAAGAAAGAAGCUUUGGAAUUGGUUGAAGGAUCUUAUUGGGGAGAUCAAGAUGACACUGUAGAUGAUGAAUACAGGUGGGCUGGGUGCGAAGAUCCUAAGGUUGUUAUUACGACAAGUCGUGACCCUAGUUCCGCAUUGAAAAGAUUUGCAAAAGAGAUUAAAUUGACCAUUCCCAAUUCUCAGACUGUCAACAGAGGUUCUCAUGACGUAAAGAGCAUUGUUCAAGCCUGCAAAGGAGCUAAUGUAAGUAAUGCGUUGAUAUGUUGUUUUGUGCUAGUAUCCUGACGGCAUGUAUUAUGUUAAUUUUUCUAUUUUAAGGUGACUGAUGUGGUCUUUCUAAAUGAAACUAGAGGUGUUCCUGAUUCACUUAUUGUCUCUCAUCUUCCUCAUGGUCCUACAUGUUUCUUCAGUUUGAACAACGUCGUAAUGCGCCAUGACAUUCCCCACACUGAACACAUGUCGGAAGCCUAUCCUCAUCUCAUCUUUCACAAUCUUGACUCUAAAGUUGGAAAGAGGGUAAGGAAGAUGUGGCCAUUUUUUAGUAAAUUAUUCGAUUUAGGUCACAACCAUAUUAAAGCACUUGUUCCCUGUACCAAAGCCUGACAGUAAAAGAGUUUGUUCCUUUACGAACACAGAGGAUUUCAUUUCGUUCCGACAAUUUACUCACAAAACUGGAGAAGGUGGGGAGGUAGAGUUGAAUGAGCUCGGUCCAAGGUUUGAGUUGAGACGUAAGAUACAAUUUUAGCAAGUUGGCACCAUUCUCAAGAAAUCGUCUAAUAGGGUUUUUUUUUAGCGUACUCUAUCAUCCUCGGUACUGUGGAUAUCCAAAAGGCAUGUGAUUCUGAAUGGUCACUCCGAUCUUACACUAACAAAAAGAAGAACAUCCUCUCUGUGGAAUAA